AUUGCUCCCGUUUACUCAUGCACAGGGUUUCUGAAACGUUUCUCCAUCACAACUAUGUGGCUGCUUUGCGAAAUCGACAAAGUGACCUCGUCUUCAUUGAUGUUCGGGCGUCUCCUUCACACACUUCUCUUUUCCUAUUCUUCUUUAUAGUCGACAUCGACAAAUAAACACAACUUCAACCUUGAUUUCUUUUUGUUCAUAUAACUAAAGCAUGCCUGGAUCCGAUAGAAUAAACUCCGAGAAGCUGAGCAUCCUGCUCAGCUGGUUUGAAGAGAACAAGGUGACUUACAACGAAGAGGCUCUCGAAGUGGUCGAGCAGAAGGUUGUCAAGCGCGGCAGCAACAUAGUUUCAGUUGACGGAUUCGGCAUAGUCGCUCGGCGCAACCUGGAGGAAGAAGAGCCCCUGGUAGUGAUUCCCAAGUCGGCAGUCAUCUCUGCAGCGACCAGCGCCCUUGCAAACAUAUUUUUUGACGAGGAUCUGGGCGGAAGUCUGGCGCUAUGCAUUGCCGUUAUGUACGAGAUUUCUCUGGGUAAGGAGAGCCCGUGGUACGGAUACCUGCAAUCUCUGCCCCAGCGGGCAGACAUUCCGAUGCUUUGGGAUUCGCAAGCGCGCGGCUGGCUGGGCGGCACUGAUGUUUCUGGGUGGAUUGAGCGUGACGAGCAGAAUCUGAAGGAGGACUUUGAAGGGUUGCAAAAGUUGGUUGCCGAUUACCCGCUGAUCUUUGUGUCUCAGAAUGACAUCGACUGGAAGAGCAGCGCAUGCUUUUUGGACGUAGCCAGUCUGGUUUCUUCGCGCGCGUUUAUGGUCGACGUUCAUCGCGGCAAUUCAAUGGUUCCAUUUGCCGAUAUAUUCAAUCACAAGACUGCGGGCGAGAACGUCCACAUUGAGAGCGAGGAAAUGGUAUGCCCGUUGUGCGGCGAGGCAUUCGGCUGCGAGCACAUGGAUGGGCUCGAAAACAUGGAUGCCGAAGAGGAAAAUGACGAUGAUGACGAUAAUGAGCAACAUAGCGACGAAGACGAUGAAGACGAAGACCAUGAAGCACAUGGCCAUGUCGACCACGAUGAUUGCGGCGAUUGCGGCGAUUGCGGCGAUGAUGAAGAGGAUAGCGAUGAGGAUAGCGACGAGAAUAGCGACAGUGAGGAAAUGGGCGAGGAGCUGCCCAUGCUUGUGGACGAAGCUGGAAUCCCUAUCGAGGAGGAGGAGCAUGCUGCCAGCGGUAAUGAGGACAGCGAGCAAGAACAGGAUUCUGAAGAUGACGGCUUUGAGGACGAAGACAGCGGGGAUGGUGAUGGUAGUGAUGACGAAGAUGACGAGGACAAGUAUAUCGAUUCGCUGGAUAUGGUUGUAUUCAAGCCAUGCAGGGCCAACAGCGAAGUAUUUAACACAUAUGGUGACCACGGAUCGGCAUACCUUCUUCAUCGCUACGGCUUCUGCGACACGCAAAACCCAUUCGAGUCUGUGGCACUUGACUCUGAAGAUGUCAUGCAGGCAUUCGCUGUGGCUGUCUCGGAGAAGCGCGCAUCCGAGGUUGCCGAGCUGAUUGCUCGAUUCCGGGAUCUGUUUGUGCCCAACCACAGAGCUAAGAACCUGAAGGAUGAAGAUGAAGAGGAAAGCGAUGACGAGGACGACAAGCAUAAUGAGGACGACAGUGAAGACGAGGACGGCGAUGUGCCAAUGCUGGACGACGACGAUGAGGUUGCCGAGGCUGAUGACAUGCCGAUCUUCACGAUUGACGCACCGGGCCACCCCAACAUCAACCUUGUUGCGCUGCUCGUGCUGGGUCUCGCUGACGAGUCGGUCUUUUCGCAGGUGUCACAGUCAGACAGCAUGUUCCGCCACUACUUCCCGAUUAUGCGCCGGUUCUGGGGUAUCUUCCAAGAUAAGCUCGAUGGCGGCGCGCCUGUCUCUGCCGCAUUCCGCGAGGCGAACAAGGAGUCAGCUGUCAAGAAGGCGUCCGUAGCGCUUGUCUGCCGCGCCGCAUUCAUGCUCGCCGAAAAACGCCUGUUGUUACUCGGAGAGGAUGCUGUUGUAUUGGGCACCAAGCCUACGAAUGCGCUGCAACUAUCCCGGUGGGAGAGCGCCAAACAGCUCAGGUCCAAUGAGAAAAAGAUUCUUCAGCAGUGCAUCAAAACUUACAAGAAGGCAGUUGCCAAAUUGUCCGCAUAGAUAAUAGCAGCACUACUUUUAUACGUUGAAUAUUCUACAUAUUGAAAAAUACUAAAUUGU